UUCGGGGUCGCACUUCUCAAGGUGGCCUGAGCUAGAGUUGACCGGGACGACAAGGAUAUCCUGAGGCACGAAGGAUGAAGGAAUUGUCUACGUCUGCCUGGGGAGACUAACCGGGACCACCAUCGCUCAAACGCCCAGCGCCCAGCCUUAAUCUCAAAGAGUCCUCGCGUCUGGCAUUCGCCAACCAGCACCUCCCUUCCAACCUUCUUUUGCACAUCUGCGGACGGAAAGAGGCACCACCACGCGUACUCGUACCUUGAACUGGGUAAAUCAUCGCAUUAUGGCACCGAAAGCACCCCGCAAAGCUUCUGUGUCUGGACGCGACUCUGCAUCUAGUACUGGCGGUCCAAAGGCACCGCAGAACACCUCCAUGCCGCCUCCACCAGAUCCUGUUGCACCAAAGGGUAUUUUGGAACCCGAGGUCGACGCUCUUUCCAAUUGUCUAAGAAGUGCCGUAGUCAAGACCGGUCAGGUCUACGGUUUCUACGCAGAUGCUAAGAAACUUGGCAUACAGCGGUAUGCUUCGCGACCACCCCGUUCACUCACUGCCUCUCUCGGACGCGAGGUCGAGAAGUACGAUCAACUGUGCGAUGCGAUUGAGUCUCAGCUGCAACGUGCCAUAGCUGUUCUGCAGCGCGACAUUCGCAGGGAAGAGCAACGCCUGAAGGCUGAAGCUGAAGCCGAUGCAGCCGCUGCGGAAGCCGCCAAAGCAGCAGCAGCGGCUGAGGCAUCGACGUCCUCUUCGUCACCAAUGGUCUCCCCGACAUCGCCUUCUCUGUCCAACCCUUUCACCGGCCAACCCCUGGAGUCCUCGCCCGACAGCGCAGGCCCAAAGCCUCUCCCAACCCCUGCGCGUCGCCAGUCUACCGUCUCACUCUCAUCGCUGCAGCGCCCCAACUUCCAGCAUAAGCUUGAUCUCUCCGGAACCAGCAUGCGCAUGAACCCCGACGAGUUGUUAGCCGGCAUCCCGAGCGGACUAUCAUCCCCAGUCACCCUGGCGCCAAAGUCUCAGCACCGCGCGAUUCCUCAGGAGCUCGUCAUGGCUGCGCUGACAGAAGCGGCGAACAGACCCGUGGAUAUCGACCUAACCGUCGACCCAGAGAUGGAGAUGCACCAGGCCACGGGUGUAGCCACGUCGGUAUCGCUGGACCCCACCGCCGGGACAUCCGCGGACAAGCCGAUCGAGCUCGAUUUAGACAUGGACAUUGAACUGUUCAGUGCUGCCGCAGAUGCAGCUGCUGGCAACGGCAACUCGCAUAUGUUCAGCCAACAUGGCAGACAAUCUGUGGGUAGCGGCCCUGCCAACAUGGCGCCUGACGUGAAGCCCAAGCAAGAGGAGGAGGACUUCUUCUCAGACGCGCUCAAUGCUAGUAACGCUUCCGGUGACAUGGGAGACAUCCUGGCGUCGUUGGGUGGCCCUUCCAACCAAGGCGGACAGCCGAACAGCAUCGGCGACGCGUCCCAUCCACGGUCGACCGCGAUGAAAGCGCCUUCUCCUGGCUCAAUCCUCGCGACCUUCAACGCUGCCCAGCAACACCCUGGGGGGCCGUCAGGACACUCGAACGAUGCGCAAUUCGACCUAAACUCGAUUGAUCUAUCAAGUUUCAGCGCGGAUAUGUUCGGUGAACAUCAUCAGGAACCGACCAUGAGCAUGUCGGAGGUAGAGAAUCUGUUUAACAUCGAUUCUCUGGCAGGGGAGAACAAGGGAGGUACCGCGCCAUGAUGCUUCGUUUCUGUACCGAUUUUGUGCUUCAUGAUGCUGUCAUCGAUCGCCUUCGACGCAGCCAAGAGUGGGUGAAAUCGUUCUUAUUAGUCACUAGCACUAUCCAAAGGCUAUACGG